AGGCAACGAGUUGCUUCUUAAUCUCACGACAACGACAUACGUACGCUCCUUUAACCACGAUCCUCUCCGUGAGAGCCUUCGAGACGUCCAUUCCAAUCAUCUACCAAAGAACGAAUAACCUGACGUAACCUCUCAACGACAACCAUCCCAACACAAUCAACAUGUCCAACCCUCUCGACACAGACGCCGGCUCCGAGCUCUUCGGCAGCUACGAAGCCGAAUUCAAGUUGGUCCAAGCCGACCUAACCCAAAAGCUAGACCAGAUCUCCGAACUCAACGGCGAACCGCGCAAAUCCGCCAUCAGCGCCGCCGAACGAGCUCUAGAGGAGGCCGAUGAACUGCUCGGCCAAAUGCGUCUCGAAAAACAAAACAUCCCCUCAUCCUCGCGCACAAAAGUAAACCAACGUUUCCGAAACUACGAAACCGACGUCGACUCCGCAAAGCGCAAGCUCCGUUCCCUAGCCUCCGACCGAGCGGCUCUCUUCGGCUCUCGAUACACGGAUGAUCCAUCCACACCCACCGAUGUCCAGCUAGAGCAACGCCAACAACUUCUCAGUGGAACCGACCGUCUCGAUCGCAGCUCGCAAAGGCUACGCGCGAGCCAGGCUCUAGCCAACGAGACAGAGGCUAUAGGCGCAGGAACCUUGGCUGAUUUACAUGCGCAGCGCGAGCGCAUCUCGCAUACGGGCCAGGUGCUGUAUGAGAGUGAGGGUUAUGUCGAUCGUAGUGUGAAGACGUUGAGGGGGAUGGCGCGUAGGAUGGCUACGAAUCGGGUAAUCACCAUCGCCAUUAUCACUGUCUUAGUGAUCCUCAUUCUCGCCGUUAUCUACAGCAAGUUCAGAUGAUCAAAGCCGUCGGAAAAGUUAUAUUCAGCCGUGGCUACACAGCCAGUCGGUCCCGAAUUCUGUAGAAGUGGCAUUUGUAAAUUUUCACCCAUGUAUCUUGUGCGCUUGAAAGGAGAAAGAAAGUUACCCACGGCGUUUUACGGAAGCGUUAAAGUAUAGGAAGGGCAUUGGAACCAUCAUCACAGUCGUUUCACUCGUACAUAUUCCCAUCCUACCAUCAAUUAUUGAAUUUUGU